AUGGCACCUAGCAUUGUGAAUCAGUCAGGUCUCCGUACGAAAUGGGUCAUUCGGCCCGAUGUUGACCGAUCUCAGGUCCAACACAAUCCACCCCGCAAGAGUGACCCGAGCGAGAGAGAUACCAACGAAGCCCCUGGAGCGGAAGAUGGCAAAGAUCGACAGCUUCGCAGCUGGGCUGAUGUUGCGCAAGGCUCGAAACAGACCCAUUGUCCUCAGGCGAGUGGUUGUUUCAUGCCUCAAGUCGCAGGAGUCCAGCCUUCUAAUGUCAGUUACCCCACAAAUCAUUUACUCGGUGUCCCUCAGGAAGUCCGUGACGCGAUCCUUGAACUUCUCUCUCCGCCGCAAGGGAUUGCCGGCACUCGACCUGCUGUUGGGUACGAGAACUACCAGCUUGCUUGUAGGCAGACAUUUCAUGAGACAUCCCGCCGAUGGAACUCCCAACCUGUGGUCCUGGUGCCCGCCAAUCGUGCCUCGGAAUUCAUCCAUCGAACACUCGAUGUCUCAGUACUCCACAGCAAUGCUUACCACAAUGUCAAGAGUCUUUUCCUCGAGAUACGCCACGAUGCUCCGAGUGGGGUCUUCUCUCAGAUGGCCCAGGUCCUGAGACUGUCAACUCAACUUGAAGAACUCCAUCUCUUCGGCGUUGGAUCAGAUGGAUACGGCAAGCGCACCAGCUCGGUUGCCCAUAGCUGUGGAAAGCACGACAUGUCGAUCGUGCCCCUGAAGUCCAAACUGCAGAUUGACGGACAGCAUUAUCGGCGACGCCUUACACUGGUCAAUGGUAUCCCUUGGCUGCAACACCUCAAGGUCCUCGUUCUGGACAAUCUCAACAUGCCUUUGCUUCAAGCUCAUGUGCUCAUGAACAAACGCCAGCUUGAGAAACUCUACAUCUCUGCGGAUCCUCGAAGUGCACUGCAUCGCGAGUACCCAUUUUGUCCGGGGCUGGGGCUGGGGAAUCUGGUUUGGCCAGUCCAUGGCGAUAUGCCUCCGGUCAAAGAACUCCGUGUUGAUGCAAACGCGAUUCUCGACGCCAGCCAAAUCGCUCUGAAAGUCGCCAAAACCCUGGAAAGCUUGGAUUGGACUAUCCCGGACGCGGCGUUCCAAUUCCAUCCCAACCAGUUCAGCUUUUACAGCCAGGCAACACUACUGCUGACACGAUUGCCUAUCGACGCUAGUCAAUUGAGAGAACUUCGGGUGUGUGUGCAUGGCCCGGUUUCCGAAGAUCAUUACCAGUAUGGGAAUUUCAUGGGAUCCUUCAAAGACUGUGUCUCCCGCAUGCGGUCUCUUGAGCUAGUCGAACUCCAUAUGCACUCGAAGUCACCGUGGUUCGCAAACGAGUUCGUCGAGGCGCUUUCCCCGUCCGUCACUCGGCUCUAUCUCACCGACCUCUGCGUGCAUAGCAAGAUCCGACUGCUGGGUGAUUCUGUCGGCGCGAAGGUGGCCAUAGACCUGAAACACCUCGAGGAAGUCGACAAGGCGGACGCAAUUGGAGAAGACCUCACUCGGCAGGACUAUAUACCAUUCAGUCGGAGCAAGCUGGGGUUUGUAGGGUACGAAUAUGACCUGAAUCUCGAUGUGAGGGCAGCUGCAAAGCAAGGCAAAGACAUGUCAGUGUUCCUCAAGCUCAACGGAAGACUCUUGGACAGAGAGCGAAACCACCACCUCGCUAGUCUGCAAGGCACGUUUAUCCCACCCAAGGAAGGAUCAGUCGGAGAAUACCGGGAGGACAUCGACCCAGCAACGGCCGGACUCGUCGAAAAGAAUCGCAAAGAGCUGACUGGCUGCAUUCUCAACAAUCACCAUGAGUACUUUGGCAGUGAAGAUGUCGCAGAGGUCGUUUUCCGUCACGAACCAGUCGCGAAAGGCGGCCACUACAGUUACCCUGUGAUCGAGGAGGUUGAAAAUGUGUUCAAAUGCUCCAACCACUGGCUGAGCAAGUGA